AACAACAACAACAACAACAACAACGACAAUAACCUUCAAUGAGGAUAUGAUGGCAUACACUUACGCAUAUACCAAACAGUUCAUAGACACGCAAUAUAAAAUACUCAAUAAACCCUUGAUUAUAACCCCGUCAUUAAAAACCAUUAUUGAUAAUGAUACUGUUAAUGAUUUAAAUGAUCAAACACUACAAAAGAUUUUAAAUAAAUUGAAUAUCAUUAUUCGAAAGAGUAAUUCUCAAACCAUUAAUAAUAAUCAAAUCAAAAAUCAAAUCAUUGAACAAGUUUUGAAAUUGGAAGUUUAUAAAUUAUCGAUUGUGAAUGAUAAAUUGUAUACGAUUAAGAAUUUAAUAUUGAAUAGUGAAUUGAUUAAUAAUAUCAAUUAUGUUAGUAGGAAUAAAAGUGUGGAGAAUGUUGAUGUGGGUGGGAAGUUGAGAGAAUUUAAGCUGUUGAUUGAUGAGUUACCAGAGUCAAAAUAUAUGAUAUUUGACAUUGAGGAGGAGGAUGAUGAUAAUGAUGAUGAUAAUGAAGAGGAUGAAGAAGAAGGUCAGCAACAACAGCUAGGUGAAGAUGAACUGGUGUUAGUUCAAGAUGAUCAACCAACAUUGACUUCAUCAUCAAAUAUAUCAACCAAGAGAUUCAAGAGAGUACUUAAUCAACGCGUCAAUAAUCAAAUUCAAAACAGUAAUAGAAAGAAUAAUGAAGAAAAUGCCCAAUUAUUAAUUGAAUAUGAUCAAAUACGAUCUCAACUAAUUCAAUUAUAUACUGAUUUAAAUUAUAAAUAUGAAAAGGUUCAAUAUUUAAAAUCAUUGAAAUUAAAGUUGCAUAAUUUAUUACAUGAAAUUAAACAAGAGAAGCCAUCUCAAAAGAAUGAGAGUAAUAUUUAUGAUAGUGAUGAAGAGAUAACUAAAGUGGAAGAUGAAAUAAAUGAUGAUCAUGAUAGAAGUAUACCAUCUAUCCAAUCCAAUUUAUUCUUAAAUCAUCCUAUUGCCCAAGACAGUAAGAAUGAUUCUAAUUUAAUCAGUGAGAUUAAUAAAUUUAGAAUUUUAACUGAAAAGAUCAUUUACAAAUCGAAAGGUAAUCAUGAUGAUAUAAGACAGAUUAUAUCAAAUAUAAAUCAUGAUAAUACUACAGUAUGAUUG